GGUAGUAUGGUAGCCUCGAAUGCAACGACUCCUUCCAUCAUUAGUUUGUCUGAGUGAUCGGCAGUUGGAAUUGUGAGAAAAGUGUCCGUAGUGCUGUUACAAAACUUCUGUAAAGAUCAUUUUCAUUUCGUGAGUGAAAGUCGUAGCGAAUCUAGCAAUCGUUACAUUGCAACAGGAUCCCUUGGGUGUGUGCGAGUUGUGAAGAGAUCCAGUAAAAAUAUCGUUCGUUAAAUAACCUUUUCCACAAUCGUGAAGUGACACAAAUGCAUGCAUAGAUUUUGUGUAAUUGUUGAUGGUGAAAUGUUAAGUUAGAGCUGGAAUCAAAUCGAAAGAAAGCGACAUCGUUGAGUGUAGUUCGCUGUAAGGCUGUGAGUUUAUAACUGGAGUGCUAAGGAAGCGAUCAUUUGUCCGGAAGGAGGUUCCAUGAUGCGAGAUUCGAGCACAAAAUGAAACUGUCGUGAAGGAAAACAUGUAAACUAGAGUCUGUUGAGCACCACAUUGACAGGAGCCUGAACUGUAGCCAUUAAAAGUCCGCUCCAGCGAAUAGCACUAGCUCCUUGGCCUAAUGCAGCAGCGAUACGGCACCGUUUUGCGGUAACAAGCUCACCACGUUUGAAUCGACGGCAGACGGUAGUGACCAGCGACAGCGUGUCAACUUCAUCAUAGCUAGCCCCGAUCGCACCGUUUCGCGUGUCACGAAGCGAACGAGCUCGUCGCCGUCCAGAAAAGGCUGUUCCUGCCCGGGAACCCUGCCGGGAAUAUCAUGUUUCAUACGUCCGCCGCCUACUCCGAUAUGACGGCAGCAGCGGUGGUGGCCACCGGUAACACCGGCUCCUAUCAUCAUCAAUCGGCAGCUGCGGCGGCUGCUGCGGCCGCCAACGCACCCGUCUACGUCCCAUCGAGCCGCGCCCUGCCCCACUCCCAGUACGGUGCCCAUUCGGCCAACUUUUCCACGCAAAAUGGCUGGCCAACGGAUGGUUUCGGUACGACACAUACGCAGCUGCCACCGCAGUUCUACGCCCAGAAUGUGAUGAUGGGUUCGUGGCGCGCCUACGACCCCACCGGAUUCCAGCGCACCUCACCAUAUGACAGCGCCAUGGAUUUCCAAUUCGGCGAGGGAAGAGAGUGUGUGAAUUGUGGGGCCAUUUCAACACCGCUCUGGCGUCGGGACGGUACCGGUCACUAUCUCUGCAAUGCAUGCGGGCUCUAUCACAAGAUGAACGGUAUGAACCGUCCAUUGAUAAAGCCCAGCAAGAGACUGGUGAGUACGGCCACACGCCGCCUGGGACUGUGCUGCACCAACUGUGGCACCCGCACGACGACACUCUGGCGGCGGAACAACGAUGGCGAACCGGUGUGCAACGCCUGCGGGCUCUACUUUAAGCUCCACGGCGUUAACCGGCCGCUGGCCAUGCGCAAGGACGGCAUUCAGACGCGCAAACGAAAGCCGAAGAAGGCGGGCGGUUCCGGGGGUGCGAGCGACGUGAUGGCGCUCGUCGGUGGCUCGAAGAAGGACCAAGAUGGUCUCGGUGAUGCCUUGCUCCACACGGAUCGGAAUGGAAAUUCGAAGAACCUCUCCGUGAGUCCCAAAUCCCAGAACCUGACGUCACCACCGUUGCACCGUUCGCUGCACAUCUCACCCCAUCACCACCACCAUCAUCAUGCCCAAUCCUACAACCUGCCGACGUCACUGGGUGGUUCCGGUGGCCAUCAUGCCGGUGCCGGUGGAUCGCUCGGAUCGCUCGUUGGGAAGUAUGACCUCUCGGCUCACCUAUCGGCCACCGGUUCGUUGAGUAAUGGCGCCACGGGACUUUCGGUAUCGUCCGGAUCCGGUCAUCAGCAUCUGUCCGGAGCGACCGGUCUUAACUCGCCACACAUCUACACAUCGAGCACGACGCAACACGGUGUCAACAAUGGUGGCUACCAACAUGGUGGUGGUGCCGCCACCGGUAGUUCGUCGGUUUCGGGCGGUCCCAGCACUCCGGUCAGUGGGGUGCUUAACAGCAACAACGGCAACAACAACAACAACAGUAACAAUCCAUCGGGACUCGGUGGUAGCAGCACUCCGUUCGGUGGCAGUCAGAUUAAAUCGGAAGCGAAUGCGAUGGGCCCGGCGACGACUCCAACCUCAUCGGUUGCCACCGGUAACGGCUAUGGUGACUACAUGAACAACUGUUUGCCGAGCGGUUACUUUGGUGGUGGCUUCGGAUCGCUCCAUUCACACCACAGUCCACAUCAUGGUGUGGGGGCAACCGGUGGUGUGUCGGCCGUCGGUGGGACGAUGAAUGGGACCUCGCUGGCCGCCCACACACACCAUGGCCAUCCGCAUCACCACCAUCAUCACCAUCACCAUCAUCCGACGGCGGCCGAUCUGGCCGGUUACCAUCAUCAGCAUAACGUUAUCCAGGCCGCGAAGCUGAUGGCUUCCUCCUAGGUUGUAGAUAUGUGCGCCGAUGGUUCGCUGUCGAGUACUUACACCAAUAUACUGUGGCCACUGACACCCGGGCAGGCUAAUUCCGUCAUAAGUUCCUCGCUUUCGCCGCUGGCGCCUUUUUAGAGAGACGCACAAUAGACAUAUAGAGGCCCUCCGCUUCCCCAAGAGGUCCUGAUGCUAGACGCACGCAGGACACCGGACAGAAGGAGGAGGAGGAGGAGGCGCGUCUCACACUUUAGCUGGACAUCCACCGGUCAGGUGGAACGUCGAUGGUUUCGAAUGCACAGCCGAUUGUAGAUUGUAAAUAGUAAAAACAGCGGACGGUAAAUCUUGCAUUCCUUAGGGCAAUCCCACAGCAGUGCCACGGUCGUUCCAUGGGCCUUGGACUAUU